AUGUGGAGACUAACCAGAAAAAUCGGCACUAGAAUCCAUAUUUCUAAUCAGCUGUCGCCCAUUUUUAACAAGGCAAUUGGAACAGUUCCUGUUUUUCGUUUUUAUUCUUCCAGCCCAGAGCAGAAGUAUAGAAAGAAACUUUUGGAAGAGGCUCAAAAACAAGGUUUUAACAGCAUAGAAGAGUUGAAAAAUCAUUUGAAAGAGACUAUAGAGUCUAAGAAGCGGGAAUUUAAUAAAAUCGACCCCCUGAAAGAACUAGAGGAUUACCAACAAAAAACUCAAAUGGAAAAUAACAACUCCAAGCAUUUGAUGACGAAAUCAAGAAGUCCUCUCGAUCCAAGUGCUCCUAAAGUUCCCUUCAAAACAUUGGACUCUUUUUUGGAUGUUGGAAAACUGAAGGACUUAUCGAAACAGGAAGUAGAGUUUCUUUGGAGAGCAAGAUGGGCACAAAAAGAUAAUACAUUAUGCGCUGUGAUUCCUGUCUCCGUUUAUGAUAAGAUGAUGGCAAAUGCCAGGAAUAACCCUAUAUUCGUGUUGCCACUUCCUAGACAAGUUCAAUCUGAGGAUGCAAAACCGAACGAAGAACAGGGAAUGGAACUACACUACAUCCAAUGGCAGUUUGUCGGACCCCAAACAACACAUUGUAUGAUGACUUCCCUAGCAGAAUACAAACUACACCAGGAAUUUGCAAGGCCACAUACUACCUUGCAGUUCCAUUCUGAUUUGGUCAAGGAUAAGGGAAUUGUUUUUAUGAAUGGCCAUGUUGAACCGGAUACAAACGUGAAUGUACAGGAUGCACAGCUGUUAUUGCUAAACGUGCAAAGGUUUUAUGGUGCAAUGGGUGAAGAAACUCCAGUUGCUAAACAGAGAGUGCAGUUGUUAAGAGAUUUCUCUAAGGCCUCUCCGGGAUUCACCGUCGAGAAAUUGAUUUCGCUAUCACAGUCCAUGGAAAAUUAA